AUGAGAUUCUUGGUUAUUUUAGGAUUGUCUUACACCACAAACGACCUCAAGUUCGAGUGGGAGAAGGAAACGCCCCUGGUGGUGGACAGUGGGAUUGAAUUGCCCCAAUUCGACAUAAUAGGCAAUGUGACCGGGGAUUGCACCCAAACCUACUCGACUGGCAACUUCACUUGUCUGGAGGUGAUCUUCACGUUCCGACGACGACUGGGAUACUUCUUGUUCCACACUUACGUCCCGACGUGUUUGAUAGUCAUCAUGUCCUGGAUUUCCUUCUGGAUCAAACCCGAAGCAGUGCCAGCGAGGGUCACCCUGGGAGUCACUUCCUUACUCACUUUAUCCACUCAGCAUGCCAACAGUCAAAAGUCCCUGCCGCCGGUUUCCUACAUCAAGGGGAUAGACUUCUUCAUGUCCAGCUGCACCGUGUUCGUCUUCUUCUCCCUCAUGGAGUAUGCCGUUGUCAAUGUGGUUCUCGGAGACCUGGUGGACUCGGAUGAAUCUUACCUGAGGAAAGGCAUGAGGCAGCUUUCCAGGAAGACCAACAACAGGAGGCCGAGGAACAAUGCGUCGGUGAGUCCAUCAUCCCUCCUGCUGUCCUGUCCUCCUGUCCCGUCCUGUCCUGUCCUGUCCUGUCCUGUCCUGUCUUGUCCGCAACACCCAUCAUCAGGUUGA